CGACGUCUAGAGCUUUGCAUCUAAGAUGCUGCGUCUGCUGACCGCAAAAGCGUCCAAUGCAGCGAUGAACAUGCGCGCUCGCUUCGCCAAGGGUCACGGCAUCCACUGCUGCUGCGUUGAACAAAGCCCCUCUCCUGACCUCACCCGAUAGGGUCCAUUCCACCUAUAUGCAUACCCGUAGCGCUCCCCGCAUUGCCCGACUGACGCUCUGACACCCAUCGACAAUUACACCUCAUACCAAGCAAGCAAGAAAUGGAAGAAUCAUCUACUCCUCCUCUCACACUCCAAUCCAUCCUCCCCCAAAUCCUACUCCCCCUCUCCCUACUCCUCUCGCUCGCCCUCCCACCCUUCAAACUCCGCGGCCCUCUCUGCUCCACGCUCAUCCUCUCGCUCGUGUAUCUGACCUGGACCUCGCCGUUCCCGCCGCCGACGUCUAGCACGCAACCGCGCUACGCCCUCUUCGCAGCAUGGUUUUUCUACGUCCCCACGCUGCACAAGCUACUUUGCACCGUCCCGGAAGAAUCCUUCUGGCGCAUCCGACGCGAUGAGAAGGGAAAAGUUGUUAGCGAGAAAGAGGCGAUGAGCAUGCGCGCCUGCGGCUGGGAGAAGAUCAAGUGGGCGCUGGCGCUGCUGGCGAAUCCGCGCGGUGUGGGCUGGAACUUCGAGAUCAAGGGGCUGCGCAGGGCGCGGUUUGCGCGGAACGAAAGAGCGGCGUUCUUGAGGAGACAGGGGCUCAUGCUGGCGAUGGAUUACUUGCUCGUUGAGGCGGGGAUGGCGUUUGUGAAGUCGUAUUCUUUGGCUGAGGUGCUGGAGCGGCUGGGGUGGGGGGAGAGGGUGUUGGUUGGGGUCGCUUGUGGGUUGGUUAUUAAGGGGAGUUGGGAGGCGCAGUGGCUGUUUGUGAGUAUUGUUAGUGUUGCGGUGGGGAUUUCUACGCCGGAGGAAUGGCCAGAUUUCUUCGGCGACAUCACUGAAUGCAGCACGCUCUCUUACUUCUGGGGAACAUACUGGCAACAAGUCCUGAAACAUUCGCUGCUCGGCUUCUCAAGGACUCUAAUCUCCAUCCUGCACAUCCCAGCCCCAACCCUCUACUCGUACACCACCCACCUCCUAACCGGCUUCCUCAUCUCCGCCGUCUUCCACGGCGCCUCGCUCUACUACCUCCUCCCCACACCCCCACACCACCUCUUCCUCUCCAACACGCUCUUCUUCCUCGCCCAAGUCCCCGCCAUCCUGCUCGAAACCUACGCCCUCUCCGUAUUCUCCUUCCUCGAGGAAUUCGAGGAAGACGCCGAGGGCAAGCUGCACAAGCGGUCGUCUGCUUGGCGGAUUGGCGCUAGGAUCGCGGGCUAUGUGUGGGUGUUUGCGUGGCUGUUCGUGACGGGCUGGCCUUUUUUGGAGGCGUAUUUUAACGUGGGGAUGGCGGAGUGGGAUGUCCCGUUUAGUGUGCUGAAGAGGCUAUGCGCGGAAGGGAACGAGGGUGUAUGCGUGAUCGAGGGGCUUGACUGGGAGAUCUGGGGAAGGCUCUGAGUAGCGGGUUGCGCCAAAAGCCGAGGUGGGACAACGGUGGGAGAAAACGGUCGUUCUCGGGACUCUUCUUCUUGUAACUUGCACAGCUCAUCGAACACGGUAAUUAUCUUCUUUCUGAGCGAGUCGGCCGCCGCUUCAGGCUUCAGGUAUGAUACAUCCUGGGUGAUGCCCUGGACAUUGUCGAACCGAUAGAGUUUGCAGGUGGAUCGCAUAUCCGCGAGGAGAUCGGGGUUCAGAAGCUUGGUGGUGCCGCUGCUCGCUCGUUGCAGGCUAGCUAGUCUUCGCAUGUUCUCCUCGAGGUCGCACUCCAAGUAAAUGGGUAGAAAAGGCCGUCCACUUCGUAUCGCUGCUGCCUCGUAUUCGCGGGCUACAGCACGUCCGAGGUCGUUGUGAGAUUGGAAAUCUAACCCGUCCAG